AUGGGGAUCCUGGUGUUGAAGUUCUGUAUCUUGACUGUAUAUCAAUAUCAGUAUCCUGUUUGUGGAAGGUCAAACCCUUUCACCAUCAAUUGCUCAGGCUUUGACCAGCAUGGGGUGGACCCUGCUGCCUUCCAGACUAUAUUUAACCAGAAGGACUUCCGUCCAGUCAUCAACUACAGCACCCCCACUCAGGUCAACAUCUCCUUCACUUUGUCUGCCAUCCUGGAAGUCAUCUGGAAUAACCCAUUCAUCAGCUGGGAUCCAGAAGAACGUGGUGCUAUCAGUAAACUCACUGUGACAACUGAGAACCUGUGGCUGCCAGACAUCUUCAUCGUGGGUGGAAUCGUGGGUACCAAAACUGCACGCUCACCUUCAGCUCUUUCCUCUACACAGGUGGCCAUCAGGCGCAGGCCCAGCCUCUACGUCAUAAACCUCCUGGUGCCCCGUAGCUUUCUGAUUGCCAUCGAUGCCAUCAGCUUCUACCUGCCGGCAGAAAGCGAGAAUCGUGCCCCUUUCAAGAUAACUCUUCUGCUGGGCUACAACGUCUUCCUGCUCAUGAUGAAUAAACUACUUCCUGCUAAUGGCACCCCCUCCUCAUGCAUGCUCCUCACCCCCAUCCCAGGUGUCUACUUUGCCCUGUGUCUGUCCCUGAUGGUGGUCAGCCUGCUGGAGACCAUCUUCAUCACCUACCUGCUGCACCUGGCCACCACCCAGCCCCCACCCAUGCCUCAGUGGCUCCACUCUCUGCUCCUCCACUGCACCAGCCCAAGGAAAUGCCGCCCCACUGUGCUCUGGAAGGAGAAUGUGGGCCCAGGCCUCAGGCCCACUCACCCACCUGGACCAAAGGAGCCAGGGCAGUCAGUAGGGAAGGAGCUGGGACCCAGAGAAGCAGAGCUGAAUGAGGGUUCAGGAUUGACAAGCACACAGCUAGCUGAUCUAUGGGUACAGUUCAGCCACGUGAUGGACACCUUCUUAUUUCGCUACCUGCUCUUCUUGGCCUCCUCCAUCAUCACGGUCAUCGUCCUCUGGAAAACCUAGGACCUGAAUUCUAAUGGUGCAAGAGCAAAGAGAGACAACCAGCGAGAGAGGG